GUCAAUAUUCAAUUUCUGAAGCACGAAUCUCACGUCCAAUAAGGAGGAAGGAAGUUCAAGGAACGACUUGCCGGAAAGAAUAAGUAACACAUCACGAACUUCCGACUCAAGUGAAUACGAGAACAAGCGGAGUAAUGCCGGGAGUCAGCUAAUUUUAGUUAGGGCAGAGGGUCUUGCAGUGUCAAUGCAACCUGGACGUUGGGAACAGCAAACAACCGGCAGCUCCCGUGCUUCCCCAAAGUGCGCACGGGAGAUACGUAUCCGGCACGAGACGGAGAAGAGGGAGACACAAUGAUGAUAACGACUGCGGAGUGCACGGGUUCGUUUCAAAGGUCUUCCUUCGUUUGACGAGGAGGGUCCGAUCUGGACUCCGGAGACGUUCCAAGGACGGAGAGGGAGCCGGGGUCGGGUCUUCGGUGUAGCGACCGAUCUUAAACGUACAGGCGGGCUAGCUGUGGGAUCGCAACCCUCGAAGCGACAAAAGACGUACGAGGAUUGAAAUGGAAACCGUCCCUGUCGGCCUACCCGGAGAGGCUGGCUGGGCCGAGGAUAGGUCCGACAAUUUAACUGCGCCCUUCACAAGCGGGAGCUCGCUCUCCGCAAGGUCCGUCGGAUUCCGUCUGUACAAGGUUGGUUUGAGUCCUCUGGCAAUGAAAAAUCGGGAGUCUUUUGUCAAUGGUACAUAACUGCGUGGCACCGCGGCGGUAGCUCGUGAAGGUGAGGUGUACGUGGGGCCCAGUAAAUGUUCCCGACCCCGUCAGUAAGACGCGAAGGGACAGUGGCAUGUGGGGCCAGUCCCGUUCCAGAGCGGAGUUCUUUCUGAGGAUACGGCAAGGACGCCCUGCCCACCCUCGCGCUGCCCGCCAUUGUGCCCGCGCUCGGGAAAGUUUCCUCGAGGAUCUCAGCCGGCCUGGCCUCUCGAUGCCUGGGCUAAACUUGGGGGUCCACUAUCCUCAGCAGGCUGCUCCUGUGCGCUAGCUAGUUCAUCGGUUCACGCUUUGCUCGCCUAUUGUAGCUCGCAUCUCUAGGUUUGGUAGGAUUUCAGUCACUGUAAGACGAUGCAGUCUGCGGCCUGGUCUACAGCGCUCGGAGGUCAGUGCUGUCAGUGCUGUGUUUAGUGUGUGCCCUGGGACUCCGUGAUUUGACUUCCUCGUGGCCGCUCUGACCGUUGCACAUCAUCGACCAUCGGAUGCGAUCGUCCUUCGGAGUUCUCUCCCGCGUUCGUCGACAGGAGAAGGAGGAGUUCUCGACUCACAUGCCGAGUUGUUCUCACGUCGGACUCUGUUGCGGACUGGACUUAUCCGCAAGCAACACAAAAGUAUUUCGUCCACUUCAUGUAGACAUUUCUUCGCACUGUACUGUACUCCAAGGCUUCUUCGCAUCACCUUCUCAUCGCUAUCGACUUGGCCGCCUUUUCCUUGCUGCUCAUUGCUUCGCAGAACCUAUUGUAUAUCAGAUGGAGAUGAAGGCAAAUCAGGAGUUUCGGAGAAGAAGUCCUUUUUGUGUAAUCUUGCUAACAACGACAACAACCAGCCAAUACGUGAAGGUGGAUGUAUCUUUUUGUGUAAUCUUACACAUGGUAUUUCUACAAUAUAGAGUUUUACGUAGGCAUAUGCAGGUAGAAUUUUAUGGAGCCAUAUAACUUCGUAUGAUCAUGUGAUUUUAUAGCAC